AUGGCUGCCCAAACACUUCCAAGUACUCUUGAUCUUAUUCUUGAUCUUUCAAAAAUCAAGUCUCUCACUCCUCAGCAGAUUGAGUAUCUUUGGAUUACCAAAGCUUCAUCGGAGAUCCCAGCUUCUAAAUCAACUCUUCGAGAAUCAGAUACUAAUUCUCGUAUAUCCUCGAUAAUCCCAUCCUCGCAAUUCAAAAGUCUUGAGCUACUUGUUGCUAAAAACAAGCAAUUCAUCUUGCCGGUACAAAACCCUGCCACCCAACAACUUGAUAUUCAUUAUCUCCAGUGGCAAGUUCCACCAAGUCAAUCUAGUGACUAUUUACAGCUUUUAGUGAUCAAACUUGCAGACUACCAACGUCUUGGAGCAGCAGCGCCUCCUCAUACUGUUAUUUAUUUCUAUAAAGACCUUAGUGAACCUUAUGCUGGCAACAAUCCAGAAGAUGAUGAAAAGCCACUCCAAAAUGAGUCUUUAGCUAAAGGGCUUGUGUUAAUGAAGGGAGAAAUCUUGGAGAAAUCGGCAAUAACAGUAGAACAACUCCAGUUCCUCAUUUUGAAUCUUCAGAAGUUCUAUGGGGUAUUAGAUGGAGACUCUGGUUUGAGGAAUGAAAGACUAAGAUUGUUGAUGGCGUUCAAUAAAGGUGAUCCUCUGUUCGAUUUUAAUAAGUUGGUUGAAUUAGCCAUGAAUACCAAAUAG